CGAUGUUGAUGUCGCAUGAAUUCCGCAAGCAGACGCUGUCGCUGUCAUUGAGUCACUUCAGUAAAUUACAAAAAUAUCACUGAUAGGAAAUUGAAUAGCGCACGUUGUGUUGCCGAAAUUUGUCAUAUUUCUUCAAUCAAUAUGCCUGAAAACGAGAAUCUAGUGCAGUGCUAUAAUCGAGGCUGUGGCCAACUUUUUGAUCCCAGUAAAAACGACAAAGACGAAUGCCGCCACCACCCUGGCAGCCCAGUAUUUCAUGAUGCUUAUAAAGGCUGGUCUUGUUGUAAUAAGAAGAGUGUAGAUUUUACUGAAUUUCUUAAUAUAAAGGGCUGUACAGUAUCUAAGCAUUCAAAUGAGAAACCUCCAGAACCUGAGAAGAAGGCCUUAGAUAAAGAAUUGGAAAAGAAAGAGGUGAUUGAAGUAAGAGCACCUAUUGUUGGACCUCAGUUGAAGAGACCUCCUUUUGAAACUCCUUUGGUUACUCUUAAGCCUUCCGUUGCUGAGGCUUUAAAACAGGCUGUCCAAAACACAACACAACAAACUGCAGCUGUUGCUGAUGGCAAUAUUCCCAUUGGUACCUCUUGCAAGAAUGGAGGUUGCAGUGCUACCUAUGAAGGUCCACACACGAAUGAUACCCUGUGCACCUUCCAUCCUGGUUGCCCAAUCUUCCAUGAAGGACUGAAGUUCUGGUCCUGUUGUCAGAAGAGAACGACAGACUUCAACACCUUCCUAAGUCAGCCUGGCUGUACAUCAGGGAAUCAUAAAUGGACAAAAGAGGGUGCACCUGCUGGCACAGUAAAAUGUCGUUGGGACUGGCAUCAAACGCCCGACUACGUCAUCGUAAGCGUGUAUGCAAAGAAGUACGAUCCUACACUGAGUUUUGUAAAAUUAAACCCUAUCCGCCUUAACACAAAACUGGUCUUCCGAGAGCAAGGUGAUGCGUCAUUCGACCUGGAUCUGGAACUUAGAGGUGUUGUGAACAUCGAAAGUAGCAGUGCGUCGAUGUUAUCAACGAAAAUCGAAAUUAAACUAAAGAAAGCUGAGCCCGGAGCAUGGAGCAAGCUAGACUUCCCUCGUCAGGCCCCAAAGAAAGAGGAAGCUAAACCACAAGAUGUCAAACCUCCUGAAGACGAUUACGAAGACCUUUCUACAGUUGAAGCCACUCACUCUAUGGGAAAAGUCAACAUGACUGCAUAGAACUAGUACAAUUACGUAGCUUAUUUUUUCAGUGUUAACAGUUCUUAACAAAUCACAAAAAGUUCUCAUUGAUUUAGCUCAAAUGCUGUUCUAGUAUGCUAGUGCACUUAUUUUGUGUAAAUGAAAUGUGCUUUAAUUAUAAUUGUUGUCAAUUUACCUAAUGUUGAUUUUAGGGGCCAUUAACAGUAUGCUUCCUAAGGAACUGAAAUUAAACUCCAUAAUAUAGAAUGUUGAGUUCUUUUGAUACAAUGAAAACAUAUUUAUAUACAAAUAAAAGCUGAUAGUUAAUAAAUAAA